GGAAAAGACAUCAACUUUGCUUUGACUGUGACAUACAUAGAUGGAGUGUCGAAGUGGGGAGAUGAUGAGAGUUCACGCGCACACUAAGUUUUGCUUUCUCUGCGUCCUCACCCUCUUGUAUCAUCAGUGCUCUCAUUGCCAUGAUGGUGGUCACCAGCACCAUCAUCAUGAUGAUGGCCAUGGGCACCACGAUCAUGACCCCGAUCAUGACCACGACCAUGACCACGACCAUGACCACGAUCAUGUUCACAGUGACCUGCAGAUAUCAAAAGCGCCUUACAUCAGCUUGUCAGAUCACCCGGCACCCGGCAGCCAAAGCGAGGCGGCGGAGCACGAGCAGCAAUACUACAUUCAGCAAUUGUUCCGUCGCUAUGGGCAACAGGACCGGCUGGAUUUCCAUGGAUUUCAGAGCCUGUUGCUGAGCCUGGGCCUGGGUGAGGUGCGGGUGGUGGAAUUAGAGCAUGAUGAUUUAGGCCACGACCAUGUGGCCCACCUGGACCUCCUGGAAGUUCAGGAAGGCCUCCACUCUCAUUCGGCCAGCCACCCACAUCCACACCCAAAAUCGCACUCCCACCACAACCACCACCAUCACUCCCAUGGGGAGGCCAGUGGGGGCCAGCCCACAGCCCACGGGCCCUGCAGCCCCAGUUUCACUGCAGGAGCCAGACCUACUACAGAGAGUGUGCCUGUAGGACGGCACAGUCAUGAUCUGGACAUAGACAGUGGCCAUGAUGACCACAAUCACGAUCAUGACCAUCAUGAACAUUCACAUGAAACUGAACAGCACAGUACACAGACUCAGAGCAUUGACCACGACCACACACAUGACAAUCAUGAACACUUGCAUGACCAUGAUCAUGAACAGGACGAUCACCAACCUCAACACAUUGACCACACGUCUCUCCAAGACCGUGACCAUGACCAAGACCAUCAUGGCCACGAUGACACACAAGAAAACAAUGACCUGGGUCAGGACCAUAGCCCUGGAACAUCUCUAGACAGCACACAUGCACAUAGCCAAGAAGUGAGUAAGACACAGACCCAUCACCAUCAUGACCAUCACCACCACAAACACCCUCACAAUCACCACCACCACCACACUCCAGACACGACAGACCAGCUUAUGAAUACACGGCCAACCCAGGCUUCCCUACAUCUCACAGGGAUUUCCUUUAAUGCUGAGACAUCCUAUCUUCAGCUCCUGUCACCCACACAGCCUCCUACCACAAGGCCCAAAAGGGUCAGGAGACCAACCAAGGGUAGAGGGCAACGCGGUCGCAACAAAAACCCAAACACAUUUGCUCCAACCAGCUCUGGGGUGGAUGAUGGCAGAAAUGACCAUGACCAUGAUCAUGACGAACAUUUUCAUUCCCAAGGUCAGUCACACAAAGAAAAAAGGGAAGUACCAGAAGAAAUGACCAAUCCAAACAUCUCAUCACUGACUGGACAUUUUGAGGAUGUGCCUCACCAACAUGAGGAGUGUCUGAACUUGACCCAACUGUUACGACACUACGGUUUAAGCCCCGACUCGCUCAUCUCUCCGGCUCAGUUCACCUACCUGUGUCCCGCACUGCUCUACCAGAUAGACAGUCGUGUCUGCAUCCGGCAUUACCAUCAGGUUGACAUUCAGGAAGCACCUCCACUGUCAGUGUGGAUCUGGGUCUGGGGCUUUGUGUCCAUCACGAUCAUCAGCUUGCUGUCUCUGCUGGGUGUGGUGCUGGUGCCCAUCCUCAACCAGUCCUGUUUCAAGUUCCUGCUCACCUUCCUGGUGGCGCUGGCCGUGGGGACUCUCAGCGGAGAUGCCCUCCUCCACCUGCUGCCUCACUCUCAAGGAGGCCAUGACCACAGUCACGGAGAACACAAAGAAGAGGAAGAUGAGAUGGACCUGCUCACACAGUUUGACGGCGUGUGGAAGGGUCUGACCGCUUUGGCAGGAAUCUACCUCCUUUUCAUCAUCGAACACUGCAUCAGCAUGGUCAAACAUUACAAAGACCAAGGGGGUAGCUUCUGUAGGAGGAAGAAGAGAGGUGAGGAGGGGAAGAUUGGGAGAAAGUUGUCAGACCACAAGCUGAACAGGCGAUCAGACGCUGAGUGGAUGCAUUUGAGACCGUUGACUGAAGGGUCCAACAACGACACUCAACUGACUGAACUACAGCCUUUGGAUUCCCCCAGCAAGACCCAGCUAGCCAUCUCAGAUACGCAGCAUUCUCCGCAAGAGACGACUGUAACUGCAACAGAAAACGGCAGGAAGGCCAAGACAAAGAAACACGGACACUCACAUGGCCAUGGACACUCCCAUCACGGGCACUGCCACUCAGACAAGGACAUGAAGGAUGCUGGGAUAGCCAGCAUAGCCUGGAUGGUCAUCAUGGGUGAUGGCAUGCACAAUUUCAGUGAUGGUCUGGCCAUCGGUGCUGCUUUUAGUGCCAAUAUAACAGGAGGCAUCAGCACAUCUGUUGCUGUUUUCUGCCAUGAGUUACCUCAUGAACUGGGUGACUUUGCGGUGCUGCUGAAGGCUGGCAUGUCAGUGAAGCAGGCCAUUGUGUAUAACUUACUCUCAGCCCUCAUGGCCUACUUUGGGAUGGUGAUCGGCACAGCUGUGGGCCAAUACACGCACAACGUCACCAGCUGGAUCUUUGCCGUCACUGCUGGCAUGUUCCUCUACGUAGCCUUAGUGGAUAUGCUACCCGAGAUGCUCCAUGGUGACAGUGAAGAGCACAAACGCUGCCACCUUGGUCAUUUUGUCCUGCAGAACCUGGGCAUGCUCACCGGUUUUGGCAUCAUGCUGCUCAUCGCCAUUUUCGAGGACCACAUCGUGCUGGACUUGGGCUUCUAGCCGGAUGCCGGGGACCUAAGCUACAUGCCCCGUGCUUCGCUCUCAAGUGACUAUGUCUCCAUGGUGGUUACCAUUCUCCAAGCAUGGCGCAAAGUGCCCUCAUGUCUCAUUCGCGUCCCUCUUAAGGAGGGCCUUCAGUGGCUUACAGUGGACAUAGACAUGCAGACGACGUUUACAUUUGACCCUUUUCCACCCAUUGUGUCUCUGCUUCCUGUGAAAUAGUACGACUCAGCUCAGCGAUGAUGGAGAAACACUGAUGUGACGACCAGGUCACUCAUUGCCAGUCUCUCUUUUGGAUCCUGUCCUCUACCUUUAAACAUUUAAAUAUGUAUUUUAAAUGAUGGGAAAGCAGGAUAUCUGUAGAUGAAUGAAAAUGUGAACAUAUCUUCUCUAUAUCGCUACACUGACAGUGACUCACAAGUCAUCCCUUUAAUUUAACUACAGUCUUAAACCUGUGAAUGAGGAUGGAUCCUAGAGAGAGGCAGCUACUGCAGACACCCAGUUCACUCGAGCAUCAAGUCGUGCGUCCGGUAGACUCGUGUUUAGCCCCUUUUCAUUUGUAGUGCACUCGUGGCAUGACCAAUGCCCCCUUCAUGACAAAAUGCGAUAUGUCCUACUGUGUUAUGUCUGGUGUUGUCCUACCAUCGUGGUGCUGAAUCACAGAUCAUAGAGCUAUGCUCUCCUCCAGUGCAGAGGGAUCCAGCUGAGAAAAUGUGUACUGUAUUGGGAUUGUAUUUUAUAGCCUUUUUCUGUCUUUCCAGCGGUGGCUGCUUUGAUUCAUUUUCAUCCCUGUUUUUCAUUCUGUUCUAUGUGCAUCAUUCCUGUUUUCAACAAUUUCUCUUACGCACACUACAUGCGUCAUUCAUUCUUUCUUUCUUUCUUUCUUUCUUUCUUUCUUUCUUUCUUUCUUUCUUUUUUUAAAUCCAAUCCGCCUUAGCUUUUGGCCCUGCUCAAUGACCAUUUGAGUAUUAGCCUAAAGGAAAGUACACAGUGUUAUGAAGUGAACUGACUUACAGCCUAAACACUUGAACGGUCUCCUGGUUAAGGUCACGUAUAUUAUUUUAGCGUAGUACAGUAUUGGAUUGAAUAGGUAAAGUAGACCAGCAUCAUAUCAGUACACAGGACAUAUGUGUCUGUUUAUGAUGAUUUGUUCUUGAUCAACUCUUGCUUAUUAACGGUGGCUUUUGUUUAGAGUAUUUUAUACAUUUUGUCUCAGACAUCCACAAUACUUUUGCGAGCAGCAUGGAAACAUGAUUACAUGGGCUAGAUGUACUGCCACUGUUUUUUUUUUUUUGUUUGUUUUUUUUUUACAUGGUUUAUGAAAUCAGUGAUUGAAGGGGUUAUAGAUACAGAGUUGGAAAAAUAACUUUCAGGACAGUCUGACUUUCAAAAGUAGCUUUGUACAAAGCAGCACUAUGUAAGAUUUUAUUGGUAAAAUUUAAGAAAGCAGUACUGAGCUGAAAUGCUGAUCUCAAAGUGCAAAUUCAGCAUAACACUGAUGAAGAUACUCUUUCAAAAUCCAUCUGCUUGUUUGGGUCCAAAGCACAAUCCAUAUUGCAAAACGUUCAUGCGGUUGCACAUUUCCACUAGAGAGGUCUCCAAACCCCCAAAUCUUACAUAGUGCAGUUUUAAAAAGCACAUUUGCCUUUGGCUUCUUUGAGAUUGCAGAGAUUCGGCUGUUCAGUUGCAUCGUUGGAAAUUUUCUUUGACAAUCUGAAGUCCUCGCGAGUUUUUCUUUGUUUCUGAUAUCCUUCGCCCAAUUUUGCACUUGGACGUUUGACGUAACCUAAAUAACAGAAUGUCUUGUUAAUUAAGUUCUGACAUUCGCCUUUCCCCUAUUGAGUUGGCUCUACGCUGACUGAGGGUUCACCUCCAGACAUUCCAUUGUCUCCGCUGCUCGUGCACGGCGGGGUUUUAACAGGCAGAGACAUGUGAACGUGUGCGAUGCGCACUUAUCCUGUCACCGUGUGACGUCCGUUUGUUCUGUCGGGUGCAUCGUUAUGUUCAGUCGUGUUCAUCAAAUGUGCUUUGUUUGAUCAAACACAUGCAUGAGGCAUGAAGUAAAUGUAACUUUUUUUUUUUUUUGAUUUCUGCUAUUAAAUAGCUCAAGACGGGAACACUGAGUGUUGAACUUUCUUCCGUUUCAGUUUUACUCCUCGUCCAUUUGUGUAACAGAAAUUCAGUGAGAAAUGCUUUACAUGAUUUCAGUCUUUGCUCUGAGGCAGGCAAAGCAUCGCUUAGAUCCCAGAAUCAGGUUAAACAGAUGCUGAAGUAAUUUAAACUAAAUGUGACUGCUGGACUAUGUUCUGUGAAUCUGUAAGAUAUGCUCGGAGGAGAAUGCGGUAAAUCUCAGUGCAGCACAUCUUUACAUUUAAAUAUUCGGUUAACAUUUGGCAGCUCUGAUUAGUGUUUGACCAAAAAAAUCUGUCUACCCCGAAGUAUACUUCAUGGCAUUGACGGUUAAAGAGUCUUGCUUUGGUCUUUUUUCUUUCUUUCUUUCUUUUUUUUUUUAAUUCUUCUGUUGAGAAAUGCUGGGUAUAUGUUAAAUGUUGUCAUCGCAUUUGCCAUCCUUGCUGAUUGUGUGCAUUUUGCUGUCGAGAGGAAAAUAAAGUUUUGCGAACAGUU